GCAUCUGCCGUUGCAAUCCAGAGACAAUUGGAUUGUCUGCAGCCCACAAUCGUUUGAUACCAUCGACGUCUGCAGACACGCGUCGUCAGUGAUAUCAGAGCUCGAGCUGCCCACCUCAACUCCUCCCUCGAAACAAACCCCCCCUGAUAUGUCGACGCCCAUCCACGAGAAAGACCAAUACUCCUUCCCCGCCUUCGAAGCCGACCCUCCUGCGAAUCCUCCCCAACACGGCCGCCGUUCCUCCGACGAAGAUGGAACUCUACAAGGAGAAGGACUGGACGAUGUCACAGAUCACAGCCACCUGCGGAUAUACCCCAGCUUUGCACAAGGACAAGACUACAUUGAGAAGGACAGCAGAGCACCAAUGUCUCCAGCCGCCCAACGAGAGCAGUCUCGUCGACUUGACGAUGAUUUGGAGAUGUUGCGCGCCGAGCGGGUGGUCUCGAACGCCGAGAGGUCAAAUCAAGAAAGCACAAUGGGUAGAUCAAGAUCUAUGAUGGCUAGGUCGAGGUCGAGGAACAACGUUGAGCCCGAGGAUGACUUUGACGUUGGGACCACACCGAUCCAUGAGAAAACAAAAAUAUACCAACCACCAGCGAACCCGACGACGAAAUUGGCAAAGUUCUUUAAGAAGGUGCAUCAAUCGAGUUUUUUGGUGAGGUGGUUUGUGUAUAUUACGCCUCUGACGCUGUUGCUGCUUGUUCCGGUUUUGUUUGGUAUCUGGCUGUUCCCACAGACCACGGUUGGUGGUGUGGAGCUGCUUUGGUUUGGAAUUUGGCUGGAGCUUGUUUGGUUGACGCUCUGGGCUGGGAGGCUUUUGGCGAAGUCUAUUCCCUGGCCCAUGGGCUUAAUAUCCAGUCUCUUUACCAACAACAGCAAGAAAUGGAGAGAUCUCGGCAAGGCCCUCGAAGUACCAGCAACAUUGUUCUUCUGGUGGCUCGCUAUUGAAGUCUCCUUCCUCCCAACAAUGAAGAACCAUCAUCUAGAUGGCGACACAACUACCCGGAGUUGGGAACUCACGGUGAACAAGAUCAUCGUCUCGAUCUUUGUCGGCGCAUGCUUGAACUUCUUCGAGAAGAUCAUCAUUCAGCUUAUCGCCAUCAGCUUUCAUCUUCGAACUUAUGCGGACCGGAUUGAGGUCAAUAAGUUCCAGAUCUCGAGUUUAGUGAAAUUGUACAUCUACUCGAAAGAGAAGAUUCAGAUGGAGGAUUCGGAGUUUGAGCCUCAGCCCAGUGGGCCUGCUUCGGGGGCGAGGACGCCAAUGGCAUACGUCAAUAAGGCACAGAGGAAUGCUCGGCAUGUGUUCAACAAGGUCGGUGAUGUUGCUGGGAAGGUUGCUGGAGAUUUCACUGGUCAGGAUGUGAAGACCAGCACACAUCCACAUCAAGUCAUUCUCCAAUUGUUGAAUUCAACAAAUGGCUCUCAAGUCCUCGCCCGCAGGUUAUACCGCACUUUUGCCCAUGAAGAUUCUGAGACCGUCUUGGCGGACGACCUUAGACCUGCAUUUGACAAUGACGACGAAGCAGAUGCUGCCUUUACUAUGUUCGACAAGGAUUUAAAUGGUGAUAUUUCCAUGGAGGAGCUGGAAGCCGUCUGUGUGGAGAUCGGACGCGAACGUAAAGCCAUUACUGCAUCUCUGAAGGAUCUCGACUCUGUGGUAUCGAAGUUGGACUCCGUUUUCUUGUUCAUUGUGGCGGUCAUCACAAUCUUGGUUCUCAUCUCGUUGAUCUCGACAUCUGCUUCAGGCGUUCUUACAUCUGCGGGCUCCACAGUCUUGGCUCUCUCUUGGCUCUUCUCGGCAACGGCGCAAGAAUUCCUCCAAUCUUGCAUCUUCGUAUUCGUCAAGCAUCCUUUCGAUGUUGGUGAUCGAGUUACCAUAUAUGGGAACACAGGAUCUCAGAUGAAAGGUGACGAUUACUUCGUCAAGGAAAUCUCCCUGCUGUAUACGGAAUUCAAGAAGAUGGAAGGACACGUAGUCCAAGCUCCAAACACCUACCUUAACACCCUCUUCAUCCUCAACCAACGCCGCUCUGGCGGCCUCGCGGAAGCCGUCCCCGUCACUGUCAAGUUCGGUACAACGCUCGACCAAAUCGACGAGCUGCGUCACCGCCUCCUCGAAUUCGUUGGCUCCGAGAACAGAGAAUACCAGAAGAACAUUCUCACUGAACUAACCACCAUCUACGAAGCCUACUCUAUCACCCUCAACGUCGUCUUCUUCUACAAGUCGAACUGGCAGAACGAACUCCUUCGCUUGCAGAGACGAAACAAGUUCAUUUGCGCGAUGAUGGUGACGAUGAAUGAACUUGGUAUCGAGGGUCCAAGACAACGUCUUGCCGGACAAUCAGAGGAAUUCCCUGUUUUCUUGCACAACGCUUAUCCCAACGGCCAACCAUCCAGCACAAACGACCAUUCCUCCCCCGGUCCAGGACCCCGCUCCGGCUCUCUCGCCCGCGAACCACCUAUCGUGGCCCCCGAAGGCAGCGCCAGCCAACCGCUUCGCACCCAACCCUCCAUCCUCAGAAACCGCGGCUCCUCCUCCCUUCGUCAACGAGGUGAAUCUAUCUCCGCAAUGGGGAAACGCGUCGAUUUCUCCCUCGGCAUGUCGGACGCCAUCUCAUCUGGUGCUGAUUUCGGCGACGUCUACGAAGAUCGCCAACCCAAGCUUCCUCCUCAAAUCACCACUACGUCUCCUUCUCCAGGCCGCCUGAGCCGCGACAGAGCCAGUGAAGACGGAGGUAGUCUCGCGAAUAGCAACAGCAAGGAGAGCGGUAUAGGGAAGGUGCCGAGUAACACUUCCAGCCAGAAAACACACCGGAAUCGCUUUUUCGGCCGGAGUAGAGGGAGGUCCAAACUAGGGAGUGCGGAGGAAGGGACCAGUUUGACGGAUUUGGAAGCUGGCACGAGGGAGCUUGGUGUUGAGGACCUACCUGAUAUACCUGAAGCGUCGGGAGCGAACUCCGCGAGCUGGGGCGAGGAGACGAAGGGCAGUGUUGACGAGGCGAGGAAGUAUGUUGUGGGUAGGAGUGGUGCUGGUGCGAGGAGAGCGACGAGUGGGGAGAGGGGUUCAAGUGCGAGGAUUGAUCCGCGGACGGGAAUUGUGAGUCCACAGGCUGUGAGCAGGGACAGUGCGAGGGAGAGGGGGGAGCUGCCUAUUGCUGAUGUUAUGGGUGCACCUAGACGGGCUGUUACCGAGCAGGUCAGGAGACACUGAGUCUGAAAGGAGGGGAGCGUGUAUAUAUGGGUGGGAUUCUGUGGGGUUUAGCGGGUGCAUGGUUGGGGAAUUGAGAUUAGAUGGAUGGGUAGAUAGACGGGUUUGGAAAUGGGACUUAGAUGGGUGGUGAUGAUAGUGUUUGGUGCAGAAAAGCCUGCGUACAACAUCAACUCAUAAUCAACAAAAA